AUUGAUAUUUCUCUGCGCAUAUGUCAAAUUUUGUUAUGAUUGUUUUUAGUGGCUAGCACGAGGCUAUUGUAACAUUUUUUAAAAUAAGUUCACAAAAAUGGGGAAAAUUAAGAAAAAACAUCCUAAAAAACGUACGGCUGCCUUUAAAGAAGGUGAAUCAAAAGAACUGGUGGAAGCACCACAUAGCUUUAUAAUACAUCGUGGUCUACCGUGCCCAUAUAUUACGGAUUUAACUCUUGAUUUCCGAAAAAUUAUGGAACCAUUCACGGCGCGCGAACUAAAGGAGAAGAAAAUGAAUCGCAUUAAAGAUUUUGUAGCUGUUAGUAGUUACUUCCACGUCUCUCAUAUGGGCAUUUUCAAUAAGGCAGAAACUCAGCUAUCAUUCAAAAUAUUGCGUUUGCCAAGAGGGCCAACAUUAACAUUUAAGGUGCAUCAAUUCACUUUAGCGCGCGAUGUGAUAUCGCUUAGUAAAAAACAAUAUGUGGAUGAGGAAAUUUUCAAAUAUUCUCCUCUAGUGAUUAUGAAUAAUUUCACCGGUGAAGGCAAACAUUUAAAGCUAAUGACUCAUACCUUUCAAAAUAUGUUCCCAGCAAUCAAUAUUACCCAGACUGAUAUUGCUACCAUUAGACGUUGUCUAUUAUUUUCAUAUAAUCCUCAAAAUAAUUUGAUCGAUGUGCGUCAUUACUCUAUACAAGUCGUUCCAGUAGGUUUAACUCGAGGCGUUAAGAAAUUAAUUAUGGGUCAAAUACCAAAUCUAGCAAAAUGUGAAGACAUCGCAGAUUUUAUUAUGCAAGAUAAUGCCUCGGAGUCAGAAGCCGAAGCAGAUGAAAAUUCUCAGGUUAUCUUACCGCAAACCUUGAAGCGCAAAGGUAAUCUGGAAGAGAACAAGUCAGCUGUGCAGCUGUACGAAAUCGGUCCUCGCCUCACCCUCCAGCUUAUAAAAAUAGAAGAGGGCUUACUUACCGGCGAAGUGCUUUAUCAUGACCAUAUUAUCAAGACGGAGGAAGAAAAAGAGAUUUUGCGUAAAAUGAUUGAGAAAAAACGAAAACUAAAGGAACAACGCAAAAAGGAACAGGCCGAGAACCGAGCACGCAACCUUAAAGAGCAAGAAAAGCAACAAAAAUCUAAACAAAAACAACGAUCAACGGAAAAUGAAGCAGUAAAUGAAAGUGGUGAUGAAGACGCUAGUGAUGCGGAUGAUGAUGCAGAGUACUUUAAGCAAGAAGUAGGUGAAGAACCAGAUGAAGAGCUCUUCAAAUCUAGCGUGUCUAACACUAGAAAGAGACAUGUCCUACCGCCACGUAAUCUGAAAAAAUCCAAAAAAACGAAAAUUGAUAGAAAAUUAAAAAAAAACUGA